ACAUGUUUAGACUCCCUCUGUUAUUUUCCUUUUCCUCCGCCCUCCGCAAUCGAGGAGCACGCAGGGCUCGCCGAAUCGAACGAUUGUAAUCUCCCAUGGCUGUUUCUCAAGCAAGUCUUCUCCUUCAGAAGCAGCUUAAAGAUCUCUGCAAGAACCCUGUCGAUGGAUUCUCCGCCGGUCUGGUGGAUGAGAGCAAUAUAUUUGAAUGGAGCGUCACGAUUAUUGGUCCCCCUGAUACGCUUUACGAGGGGGGUUUCUUUAACGCCAUUAUGAGUUUUCCAUCAAAUUAUCCAAAUAGUGCUCCGUCCGUCAAGUUUACUUCAGAGAUUUGGCAUCCUAAUGUCUAUCCUGAUGGGCGUGUUUGUAUUUCAAUCCUUCACCCCCCUGGUGAUGAUCCUAAUGGCUAUGAGCUUGCUAGCGAGCGUUGGACCCCUGUUCAUACGGUUGAAAGCAUAGUUUUGAGUAUUAUAUCAAUGCUAUCGAGCCCCAAUGAUGAAUCACCUGCGAAUGUCGAAGCUGCUAAGGAAUGGAGGGAGAGGAGGGAAGAUUUCAAGAAAAAGGUAAGCCGCUGCGUGAGGAAGUCACAAGAAAUGUUAUGAGGAGGAAGCAGCAGCAGCAGCAGCAGGAGCAGCAGGAGCAGCAGGCAAGUUCUUUGGCUUUGUCUCUUCUGCUUUUUGUGGCAGUGAGUGUUUAAAUUUUACAUUUGCCCUAAGUAAGGAGGACUUCACCUGUUUCACUUGGUGCCAGUGGGUCUUGUUGUAGAACGAACGUCGUCGAUGGAGCUGUCACCCUCAUCAUAUUUUUACUCUUUGUUUUUCUCUUUCUUUCUUUCUUUCUUUAGUCAUAAUUUUUAUUUUGCUCUCUUCUUCUCCUAUCUGCAUUUUUAAAAGUAAGCAUUAGAAUGAUUUGUAUAACAAAAGCAUCUUGUUUAAUGCUUUUUGCUUUGUUAAAAGAAGGGGAAAAAAAAAAAAGAAGAAA